AUGAAAAAAAAUGAAUUUUCGGAAAGCGAAGAGGAAUUCGAACUUAGAUUUUAUAGUGACGAUUUGGCUGAAAUUAAUAGUACAAAUGAAAGUAGAUAUAGUGAUACCGAGAGCGAUAGUGACAGCAGUGAUAUUAUAAUUAAUCGAAAUCGAAAAGCUCGGCCUAUUGAAUCAGAUACCAAUGAUACCGCAAUCUCCACCACGGAAGAGGAUGAUUGGAUUAGUAUUACAGAGGAUGGGUACAGGCCUACAAGAGUAAAUUAUUCAAUAGGAACAAAAUCGACAGGACCACAAAUUUCUUCUAAUAUUUUUGAACCUAUUCAGUUUUUCAAACUAUUUUUCACAAAACCACUUGUUGAUGAAAUAAUAAAGGAAACAAAUAACUAUGCAAAAUCUGUGUUGAAUUCAAAGAAUCUAACUAAAGACUCUAUAUGGCAAACAUGGCAUGAUGUAAAUGAAGAUGAAUUCUGGGCUUUCAUUGGAGUCAUCCUAAAUAUGGGUACAAUGCCUAUUUCUAACAUGCAAGAAUAUUGGUCGACUAAACAUAACAGUAGAAUCCCUUUUUUUUCGGAUGUAUUUACAAGAGCUCGAUUCAAUCAAAUAUUUUGGAUGCUUCAUUUAAAAACACCUGACUCAGGGAGCAAAAAUCUCAAAACACAUAUACAACAAGCCAGCAUUUUUUUAGAUUAUAUAGAUUCAAAAUUUUCUGAACACUUUAUUCCUGGUCAAAAUAUUUGUUUACACGAAUCAAUAGUAACAUUUAAAGGGAAAAUUUCAUUUAUUACCUAUAACCCUAUUAAGCCAACAAAGUGGAGUAUAAGAAUAUAUGCGAUGGUAGAUUCUGAAACUGGUUAUAUCUAUACUAUCUUACCUUAUUAUGGGAGUAUUACAUCAGGAAAUCUUAUUCGUCCAGAUUUACCAGUUAGCACUAGGAUUCCAUUGCAUUUAUAUCAAAAGUUGUUAGAUAAAAUUCCAGAGGCACAGGGUUAUCAUAUGUUUACUGAUAGAUAUUAUACCAGUAUACCUUUGGCAGAAGAAUUAAUGAAAGUAAAAUGUUACUUGACUGCCUGGAAAGACAAGAGAAUUAUGUCACUCUUGAGUACUUGGAAUGAUGCUGGAAUGAUAGAUUCAAAAAGAAUUCUACAAGGAGGUAAAGAAGUAAACAUUAGAAAGCCUAAUGUAGUUGUCAGCUACACAAAUUCUAUGAGCAGCAUAAAUCGAACUAAUCAAUAUACAUCUACUUAUUGUUUUUUGAGAAAGUCUCUUAAAUGGUGGAGAAAAAUGUUUUUUUGGGGCAUGGAGGUGUGUGUAAUUAAUUCAUAUAUCAUAUAUAAAAUUGUGAAAAAAAAACAAAAUGAGAAACCAUUAACACAUUUGAAAUAUGUUAAACUAUUAGUCGACCAACUAAUUAAUAAUUUUCGACAAGAAAGAUUUAGAGCUUCUACAUCAUCUUCUGAAAUUAGAUUAAAUGGGAAACUUCAUGAAAUGCGUAGAGGUAAAAAAAGAGAUUGUAUUGUUUGCUCCAACAGACAGAAGAAAGGUGAAAGACAUGAAACGAGUGAAUACUGCAAUACUUGUCCUGAUAAACCAAGAAUGCACCUUGGGGAUUGUUUUUCAAGAUAUCAUAAAAUGAAGAAAUAUAAAUAG